CUCGUUCGCCUUUGAAUGCGAUGAACUGAACCCUGGUUUCGGUCUCAGCUUCACUCUUUGAAUUUGGCGCAGAAAUAUUAUUUGAACCCAUUGCUUAUCCAUCAUCAUAAACCUGAAAGAAAGCAGUCGAUUAUUUGAAGUGCUUUGCUUUCCUGACUUCCUCUAGAUUGAGCGUCCUCGAUGAAGUCCCGUAGCUAAGAAUGGAUUUGGAUACUGAGGUAGGAAGUGUUCAAAGUUCUGCUGAGAAAAUACCAACAACAUGUGAAGACAGAUCCAUUUCAGAACCUUAUGUUGGUAUGGAGUUUGAUUCUGAAGAGGCUGCCAGGGAAUUUUACAGUGGAUACGCGAGACAGGAAGGGUUUAUUGUUCGUCUUGAUCGUUGCCAUCGUUCUGAGACUGAUAAUAGAAUCCUUUCUCGACGUUUUUCAUGCAAUAAGCAAGGCUUUUAUGUGAGACCUAGAAAUGGGACCAAACCAGUUCAGAGACCACGAGUUAGCAUAAGAGAAGGCUGUGAGGCUAUGAUGUUGGUUAAAGUAAACAAUCAUGGGAAAUGGGUUGUUACUAAAUUUGUGAAGGAACAUUGUCACCCUCUACAAGUUUCUGCCUAUGCUACUGAUAGAACUUUGCUGGAAUCGAAGGAUUUUAAGAUUCAACUACUCACGAGGGAGCUUCAGCGUCAUGAUAAGUUAUGUCAACUAUAUCGCCAGCUUUUACUUUCCCUACUGGAAUCUGUGGAGGAGCAAACUGAAGUUUUAUCAGGAAAACUCGAACUUGUCGUUAACAAUGUAAAACAGCUUGAGAACGAUGUUGAAAACCCUCUGGACACUCGCUAGAAGAUUCUUUUUCUCGAUUGCUUAAGAUGUACUUUAUGUAAAAGGUUUUGAGAAUUACACGGAAGCUUGAGGUGCUGUACUACGUUAUUCCUUUGCAAGCCCAAUAAUAUGUUACAGUGCCUAAUUUGUCAUGAAGUGAAAAAGUAGCAGUGAAUCAGUUGUAAAUUAGACGUCUUCUUUGUUGAUAAUUGUUCUCAUUUUUGUUAUGAUACUGCAUAAUCCAAUUGUUUCAAUA